UUAUACUAUUGACUUACAAAUUUGAAUUUCAGUCUAGAUAAAUUCCCCUUCUCAGCAAUCUCAUCCGAAUAAACAGGACCUAGAAUCUUUCCAAAAUGACCUUCAACGUCCUCGUCUUCGGCCACCGUCUCCCCGGAGUCUCUCCGGCCCAAUUCAAACAACGCUACGAUGAGCAUAUGCCCCUCAUACAGGAAAUAACAGGCGCAUAUUUCCCCCUGUCACACACACGACGAUACAUUCAGCGCGCCGACGGGCAGAACGCUAAGGUGAUCGCGGGAUCACAGGAAGAUUUCGAUUUCGAUGUAGUAGCGGAGAUGGUGUUUGAGAGCGAGGAGAUAUUUAAAGGGUUUUAUGAGAUCGUGAGCAAGGAAGAUAAUGCGAAAAUUAUUGACGAAGAUGAGAAGAAGUUCUUUGACAGAGAGCGGGUGAGGGUCGUGGUGCUAGGGGAGACGGAGGUUACGAAGCGAAAGGUCUGAUUGUAAUUAUUUUGAUUUGGGUACGUGUAUAUUAGUCGGUAUUCCUCUCAGUGCUUUGUUAUAGAUAUAGGAGUCAUUAGUCG